AUGGACGAGUUCCAAGAAUCAGAUCUUCAUCUAUUCGAGCCCUUCGUAGGCCACCGGGAGCGUGAUCGUCGACGGCUAUGCGGCCUUCUCAGCUGCGAGACUCUGGCCGCCCUCGGCUCGGUCGCUGUGCUCGCCGCCAUCUUCUACCUGCUCCGAUCUUGGACCCUGACGGAUGGACCACUGUUCGAGAGGAAACGUGAACCUCUCGCCGUGGGACCGGAGUGCGGCCCGUCAUGGACGCAGGCUGAGGCCGUUGGAUGCAUCUACGACCUGCUGAUGAGUGCCUGGGUGCCCCCGCGGUGCCACGACGCGGAGGUUUACCGCCAAUACGUGGCCGAGGUCAACAGUACUUUCUAUCUGGAUCGGCAGCAGGAGAGCGUUGUCGCGUGGGACGACGUCCUGAACGGUCGUCAUCCAGACUCAGGGAUCUGGACUGAUGGCGGGUUCCACCACCUGCACUGCACUUACAUCUGGGACCUCCAGCGCCGCGCCUAUGCGCAUGCCACGGCCACCGGGGAGCCGAUGGUUCUUGAUUCGCACUGCCGGAACGAUACGCACACGUCCCACUGCGUCUGGUGGAAUGGACGGCCGAGGGCGUGGGAGAUUGAUAGUCCCAACGUCACCCGCGUCUAUCCCCCGAGAGAACCGAUCCGAUGUCUGGUUGGGCCCUAG